AUAAUUGUUUUAACAUUUCCGGUUCUUUUAGAAAAAACAAAAAUGAUUUCUGAGGAAGAAGUAAAGCCAAAGAGUAAAUUCACAGAAAUAAAAGAUCUGAUUGAUAAAGAGGAAUUUUCUCUUCGUAAAAGAUUGCCAAGAAAACUGCCAAAAAGAAAAAAUGAUGUUUAUGUGUCAAGAAGAACUAAUUUCAAACAACAGCUUGAGAGAUGUCAUAAAAUAAUGAAUGCUGGGAAUGAGGUGUAUAUUCAUGGCUUAGGUGCAGCUAUAACCCGGGCAGUUAAUCUUGCAUUAGAAGUGAAAAAUUCUUCCAUAGGAAAUGUGGAAACAGAAACACAGACCUCCACAGUGGAACUUGUAGAUGACUUAGAACCAGAAACAGAUGAACAUGAACCAGAAAUUUUCACAAGAAAUAAUUCAGCAGUUCAUAUAAAAGUGUUCAAAGUUACUGGGACCUCUGUGGAACCUGAACAAAUACAUUUGAUAUAAUAAAUAACUUAAUCAUC